AAGCCUCCUGCCAGGGCGGUGAGCGGUUGCUUAGUCAUCACAUGCCAUCCCAGAGCUACCAGCUCCCCCCACAUUCCAUAUCACCCCGACGAGCUCUUAUCAACUUCCGAGUCAACCUUGAACUCUUGUAUGUUCACAGCUAUGGCUGGCAAUAUUAUCAUAUUUGCUGGAGCUCCGGAGAGCUCGUUACUAGAUUGGGAUUCUCCAAAUCUGUUGCUCCAUUUAGAAGAACCCUUAGCUCGAUUUGCUGGACUCAACCCGCCUUGCACCCCACCAGCUGCCCCGGCCCCAGCUCCAGGCUCUCUACCUCAAUAUGCCGUCUGGAGGGCACUAUCUCUGGAGAAAGAACACCUGACUUUUGGCCUGUCUCAGCGUCAUGACAUAGACUAUGCUCCACAGUUGGAGGGCAACUCCCAUUUCUUCACGACUUCGUUCACUAGUGUUGCAGAGGAGGGCGACGGUGCUGACUCGACAAAUGUUGAUCCCACACACGAGCUCGUUUCCCAGUUUUAUGAGCAUUCUCUGGCUGUUUAUAAUGAAAUACCAUCAUCUCAACUGAACCCGAGCACUGGCGAGGCUCAGGACUCAUCCGUCCUGACCAACGACUCCUCAAACUGGACCACCGACAGCUCGCACGAAGUCUUACCUAAGGAACCCAUUGGCCGCAAUGGGGAUGGACACCUCAGCCAUCUACAGGACAUCCCUUCCGCGGCAUAUCUAGUGAAGAUCCAUCCCCAGACCAUGACAGUUAAUCUGGUAGUUGGAAUCAUCUCCAUUGCAGCACCUCGAACUGUCAAGACUCGUUGGGGCUCGUCAAGGACAUUGGUCGAAGUCCUCGUUGGGGAUGAAACGAGGUCCGGGUUUGCCGUAACCUUUUGGCUGCCGUCCGACAGUGUCGGCCAGAGCGUGCUUGCCGGGCUGCGGUGCCAGGACGUGGUGUUGAUGCAGAAUGUUGCUUUGAACGUAUUCAUGAGGAAGGUGUACGGAUCCAGCUUGCGCAAGGACCUCACAAAGGUCGAUCUACUGCAUCGGAAAAGGCUCGACGCAGUUGACAGCGGAGGCUAUUAUACAGCUGCCGACCUGGCUUCCACAAACACGACCCAUCCACAGCUAGACAAGACGAAGAGGGUCAGGGAAUGGGUCCUCAAAUUCGUCGCCAUUGGCGGUGAUGCGGAUGGCAAUAAAGCCCCCGAACGCCCCUGGGAUCGACCGCCCGAUGAUACGCAAUGACAAUGCGACUUCCCUCUACAGACCAUUACAAAUAUGUGGCCCUCGAUGCGGCCCAGGGAAGUUGGGAAUCCUCUCAGGUAUACGACGCCUAUCUUACAGCAAGAGACCAAAUCUAUCAAGGCACAAAUAACUAAGUGGGGAGUUUUGGCGAUGUCAAUAUCGCCACGAACUCAUGACUGGCUGUUUCCCUGCACUCCAGCUUUCUCUGCGUCCGGACCCCCGCUUUCUAUAUCGCUGUGGCCGACUUCCUUUUCGACUGGCGCCUUCUUAAUCUUCUUCCAAGUCAAUAAACAAGAAAUGACAAAGGCCGCCCCAGCGCAACCCAUGCUGGCAUAGUACGUG